UUCUUUCUUAAAGUCUUGAAGGAAUCUGCACAAGUGCUCCGACGCGAGAACGAUCCUAAUUGACACGGUCGUAUUUUUUUUUAAUUAGAAUGACAACCAUAUAAAAAUACACAAAUAACUAUAUAAAAUAUGUUGGUUGAAUAUUUUCUCAACGAAUGAAUCAAUGAUCAUUGGUAAAUGCGAGAUCAAGUGGUCGAAAAAUCACUCACAAAUAUUCGACAAAUUUCUCAUUAUUUUGCUAUCAUAAGAUCAUGUUCUUGAUGCAUAAACACAUACAUUUACAUUCCGAUCGUAUAUACAUUCUAGAGAGUAGCAGGUAACGCACAAACGUGCACACAAGAAGAGCAAGUGAGACGAAGAGUAGCGGAGAUAACACAACAUAUUAUAACCUCGCGAGCAUCCGAGAUCGGCGAACCGCGAGGUUGUACCGUUUUUCGUCACAGGGGCAUAACGACUUGAAGUUUACAUUGAAAAAAAUGGUUGUUGACCGAGAUUUUUUCGAACGUAUUAAAAAACGCUAAUUUUCUUAUUUUACAAUGCUGAAUUAUUGAACAGUGUGUGCUCCGAGAAUCGUAGAUCGAAAAAAAACAUUGACGUGAGACUUGAAGAAAAAAAAAACAACAUAACCCAUUGACAGGGGAACAAGUGGCAGACUUUUGGAAAAUAAUUGGCACACGUGUAGUUUGAUUUUCCCAGCAGAAUUCGUGGUUAUCCAGACUUGCUAAUUUUCAACAGAGUUCUUAUUAUUUUUUUCGUGCUCAUUUCGCGAACAAAUGGGUUUUCGGAUUUCAAAUGAAGUAAGGUUAACCUGGUCAAAUGCCACGUAAAAAAAAAUCCCUCUGUUUCAUCAACGGACCGUGCUGUGGGUGAUAAACAAAAAAGGGAGUUGAUACAGAGAAUAAUUUUGUGGGAAUGGGCAAUUGCUUGUGCAAGGAAAGUCCAGCCAAUGGUGAGACUUAUCACAUGCACAAUAAUGUCCAAAACGUUAAUACAAUCGUUCCGGAACCCACCGAAGAUAACAACGCUGCUAGCAACGCUGCUAACUGCGGCUUCAAAUUUCCCACCUCAUCAAACAUUGACAAACUUGUUCUUGAGUUGUUACAAAUUAUAGGGCGCCUUGUCGAUAAUGAGCAAGAGCCGCCACCUGCAAUGCUGAAAUUGCAUGCAAUUGCGGACCGGGAAGAUGGCUGGCUUCAGAUUGUAAGUUCCAUGGUAAAUGUGAUACCGAUAAACAAUCCUCUGGGUCCUUCGGUUAUAACACUCUUACUGGAUGACUGUCCUUUACCCUCAAAGGAUUCGGUGUUGAGACUUUCCCACAUGUUUCAAUUAUCGCAAAAAACUGGCAAGGUACAAACGAGCGUAACGCAGCAAAGAAAUAUUUGUCUAGUUCUUGGUUGCAUCGCCGAAAAAUUAGCCGGUCCGAGCAGUAUCGCUAUACUCUCAGAUGCAACGUUGGAUUACCUUGUUUCUAAUCUGAGAGAAAACAUUGAACCCUACGUAGUGUUGUAUUCGCUCAUAGCCUUAGAGAAAUUUGCCCAGACCAGUGAAAACAAAGUAACGAUAAAAAGGCGAUUAAUGGCGGAAAAAGAACACCCGUUGAUGUUAUUGGAAAAAUGGGCAAACGAGAUGCAUUACGUGAGACGCCAAGUGGGAUUCUUAGCUCAGUGGUGCUUAGAUAACUUAUUUUUGAUGGAAGGCAGAAAAUAUUCCCAUGACACAGUUGACUUGACUGGCAUAAAUGUGAUGUUAAAUACAAAAGAUGUAAGCGAGUACCUGAAAAUUUCACCCAAUGGAUUGGAGGCACGUUCAGAUGCAUAUACUUUUGAGAGCGUGAGAUGUACGUUUCGAGUUGACAGCGGAGUUUGGUACUAUGAGACAUUGAUAAUGACGCCUGGAGUGAUGCAAAUUGGCUGGGCAACGAAACAGAGUACAUUUCUCAAUCAUGAAGGUUAUGGCAUAGGCGAUGACGAAUACUCGUUAUCUUACGACGGUUGUCGUAAAUUGAUAUGGCAUAACGCAAGAAGCGAGAAAUAUCACGAUCAAGAUUGCUGGAAAGCCGGUGACGUACUAGGCUGCUUACUCGACCUAAACAAAUUAGAAAUUAUAUUUUCCAUAAAUGGAGUUUGCCUCAAGCCCUGUGUACAGGUUUUCGUGAGUGCUAAAACUGGUUUUUUUGCCGCCGCCAGUUUCAUGUCGUUUCAACAGUGUCUAUUCAAUUUUGGCAAUGUACCUUUCAAACAUCCACCGACAGAUCGUGAAUUUAAAAAAUUCAACGAUUAUGCGACUCUCAACGACGAGGACAAAGUUGUUUUGCCUCGACACAUUUAUUUCGACCAGCUCAGAAAAUUAAGCGUAAGAGAGGACUCCUGUACUCUUUGUUUCGACCAGAAAGCUUCAGUCAGGCUUUUGCCCUGUGAUCAUCGAGGAUUCUGUCAUACGUGUUCAGUGCAGCUGUUCGAAUGUCCGAUGUGUCGGGCCUCUAUAGUUGAGCUUGUAUUGGACAACGUGUGACUCUAGUCGUACCGCAAUCGAGGCAUUUACGGAGCAGAAGGGAAAACAUAAAGAAGGAAGAAAAAGAUAAAACAAAUAUGCCAGGCUCUCGAUCUAUUUCAACGAAACGCUCUAUUUCUUUUAUCAAACGUUCGAUCUAUCUCUGGGAAUCCAAUCGCAGAAUAAUCGGAAAAAACGUGAAGUGACAAAAAAAAUGGAAUGAAAAAAGGAUUAAUUUUAUAUUAAACUCGAAUUUAUGAAUUUUUAUUCUCACGCGCAUUCCUCACGUUCUUCUAACGUAACAGUAUUCCGAUAAACUGAAAAAGGAAGAGAGAAAUCGGAAGGAGAAAGAGAGAAAAAAAGCCAAUUUCAUUCACGUCGAAGUAUUCCUGCCGAAAAAGGUUGUUUUUGUCUUAAGCAAAUCGUCGAGAGUUCGAGAAAAGGUGGGACGAAACAAGAAAGAUGAAAGGCAAAAGAAGUUCCGCAGGGUCGGACGAGCCUAAAGGGAAACAAAAAAGAGCAAACGCAUGAAAAAAUUGAGUACGAAUGUUUGCUACAUUUUCUUCGACUGAUUAUUACUACGUAUAUCGUUAUUACCGCGAGAUUAAAAAAAAAAAAUGAAACGAAAAUAUGUAACAAUCUGAAAUUUAAUCUGACGCUUGAUUGAGGACUGGUCGAUCUUUUUGCCACGAGAAGAAAAAAAACUAUAUUCAGCUGCCUUGUUCGAUUUAUUCACAUUGACUCGUUUUCCCCUCUUUUCGAGUUGUGUAUAAAGGUUUUUGACCCUCCGCCAACAACCAUGUUUUUUAAAUCUUUCUGCAGCACUCUCAGAAUUUGAGGCUUCACCCAACAUUCUUACGCGUUUCGGGAGAUCGGAAAUUUGGAAAAGGUCAACCUCCCUCUUCAAUCUUUCCCCCUCGAUUCUCUUAAUGUAUAUAUUUACCUACUUACUUUGUGGCAAGGAGAAUAAUUUGCAGACUUUUUUUUAUUUGACACGGUAUAUAACUAGUUGAAAUUUCGACUGUGCCUUUAAAGUCUACGUGUGUCGGCGAAGGGUUGAAUAUAGGAGGGAAAGUCCUAUGAUCCGUCAGUCAACAAAUAAAAUACUUUAGCCAAUAGAACCUUGUAAAGAAAAAAAAGAAAUACCGAUAUUGUAGUGUAUAAACGUUAAGUUUAAAAAUUAAUUAAAAAUGACUAAAUACUAUAUUCUUGGGAGGAUUUAAACAACAACAAAAAAAAUAGAAAGUGCGAAAGUGACAGAGUGAAAGAGUAAAGAGAAAAUUAAAUAUUUUAUCAGCGGUCUGAAUUAUUGAGUAUAAAAGAAAAAAUAUAUAUUAUAAA